AUGUCCGCUGGAACGAUCGUGAUAACCGGGGGAAUACUGGCCGGAGUCAUACUUCUGUGCAUCAUAGCAGUGCUCUGUUACUGUAGACUCCAGAUGAGACUACAGCAAGGGAAAUAUUACUGCUGUAAGAAGCCUGAAGCAGAGGUGGGCCUGGGCUCUCUGGGGGCCGACCCUCUCUCUCACUUCCCCUGCGACGCCUGCGCCGCUCUGGAGAUGGACGGGACCGACAUCACCCCCGUGUCCCUGGACCAGCUGUGCACCCCCUCCCCCAUGUCCCCCAUGUCCCCCGCCUCCCCCCUCAGCCUGUGCCCCUCCUGCCCCUCCUGCUCGCCGGGACUGGCCCAACACCAUGAGCUGCUCAACGGGGGCGAGCGGCUGGGCUUCCACACCUAUUACGAGCCCCCCUCCCACGGCUCCACCUUGCCCCACACGCCCUCCCCCCUCAGCCUGAGUUUCUACGGGUCUUCGGAGAUGUUCCCCCCUCCCCCGCCGCCGCUGCAGUCCUACAGCACAGAUGUUUGA